AUGCAAAUGCUGAAGAAACGUCAAAGCAAUGGCGACGACUGUCACAAUGGCAGCUUUGACGGCAAUGUCUCCAAGUCAUCUAAAAGGGAUGAAGACAGUGACAGUUCGUGUUCAGUAGAAGUUGAAAGCGCCUUGUCGCCACAAAUCGAGGCAUUGGUCGACUAUGUGGGCCGAUUCUCAUUCGCAAAGGACGAACUUCAUUCACUUCUGACAGUCUGUCACAGUGUGUUCGGCUACUUCGAAGACAGGCCAUCUCUGAUGGCCGAGUUGUCGUUGACAACGCCCACAUUGGAGCCAACGCAACCACAACUGCUUCGUGACGUGUUCUUCGUCGCUGAACAUGCCGACCGAAUCAAUGCCUACAUUCGAGCCACUCCCGACAUGGCGUUACUACCGAUCUCCGACGCUCAGUCUCAGACCUUGACCGAACUUGUACGACUUGUACGGAAAAUAUGA